UGGCUGUAGAUGUCUCGACUAUCAAUUCAAUUUUGAACGUCUUCAAUAUGCAAGUAAAAUUUUCAUACAAUAUCGGAGUUAUAUUUUUUAAACGUUUAUAAUACGAAGUAAUUUGUAUAUUAUCAGUAGUAGAAGAAUAAGCAGAUGUUUCUCUUUACUUCUAUGAGCACAUAUGAGUAAGUGAAUUAUGUUUGUUUUGUAUAAUCAUGCAACUCUGUAGGCGUUUCUCUCUUGGCCAUUUAAGCAAAGAUAGUUGGCGUUGUGGGUGGUAUAUGUUCUAUACUAUAGGUCAACAUUAAUUACCAAUAUCUUAUUGCUUUGUCAUUCAUUAAUUUCUUACUUCUCGCCAAAACAAUAAAAUAUAUUAAAAACUUAAAGUCUUGCGUAAUAAUUUGGAGAUUUUUUUUUAUCAAUUUUUAAAACCAUGGAGCAAUUUCUAUAUUUAUUUAUUGGUGCCGGUGCUCUCUGGCUAAUGAGAUUGUAUAUGCAAGGAGGAAAAUAUAAUAAGAAUACAACAGCUUUGGGAAAAGUAGUCAUCAUAACGGGAGCUAACACAGGCAUUGGGAAAGAAACUGCUCGAGAACUGUCUAAACGAGGCGCUACAAUUUAUAUGGCUUGUCGUGAUAUGGUAAAAUGUGAAAAGGCUCGCCAAGAACUAAUAAAAGAUACUUGUAACAAAAAUAUUCAUAGCAUGAAACUAGAUUUGGCCUCACUUAAAUCUAUUAAAGAGUUUGCGGAUAACUUCAAGAAAAAAGAAUCGCGGCUAGACAUUCUAAUCAAUAAUGCUGGAAUCAUGGCCUGCCCUCGUAUGGCUACCGAAGACGGUUUCGAAAUGCAAAUUGGCGUUAAUCACUUAGGACAUUUCUAUUUAACAAAUUUGCUGCUUGACCUCCUGAAGAAAUCGGCUCCUAGUCGGAUUGUGAUGCUGUCAAGUUUGUCUCAUAGGUUUGGCCCAUUUAAGAAACAUGAUUUCCUAAGUGAAAAUUCUUAUAGCCCAUCAAAAGUUUAUUCGCAUAGUAAAAUUUCGAAUAUUCUUUUCGCACAUGAAUUAGCCAAGCGUUUACAGGGUUCAAAAGUGACAGUUAACUCAUUGCAUCCCGGCGUUGUUGACACAGAAUUGGUGCGAUACUAUAAAAUAUUUAACAUCCCGAUUUUGAGCCCUAUCGUUAGUGCUUUGAAGUGGAUAUUUUUCAAAACAACUCCAAAUGGAGCUCAGACUACCAUUUAUGCUGCUCUUGAUCCAGACUUGGAAUUAGUAAGUGGUGCUUAUUUUAGUGAUUGUCGGCCUACCAAAACUGCAGCAGUUGCUCGAAAUGACGAGCUUGCCAAAUGGCUGUGGGUAGAAAGCGAUCGCCUAAUCAAUCUGAAAUUAGUUCAAUUGAAUUUGAAAUAGAAUAAAAUGCGAUACAUUUAACAUAUGGUAAUGACGUCUCUAAUGUGCCCACUGGCACCUCAUUCCUUAAAUAUUUUUCACGUUUUGCAACUGUUUUUGUAAGUGGUAUUCAUUAUAGAGAAUUGUUGACAAUGUAUAUUUAAAUAAAUAAAUUUUAAGAACUAACAACGUA